AUUCCGAGGAAGGUGAGGUAAGAAGGAAUCGAACACCACGAGCCAAAAAGCGCGUUGAAAAGAGCUCCACGGGAAGCUCAUGCAGGGCGGGGCAAAACCGUCUGUCUUGUACAGACACUGAUUGCCAAGAGCUCAACAUGCAGAAGAGGGCUUAAGCACUUGUCCUUGGAACUGGGUUUGCGUCAGGUUGCUCUGUUCAACCCUUGGAAACUCCCAAUUUCUUCUUCAUUUCUUCAAGUUUUCAUUCAAUCUCAGUUUUAUUGUUGCUUGUUUGAUUUCUCUGUGGAGAAUGUCAAUGGAUAAGAACACUGUGAAUCCGGAAGACGGUCUCUGUGUCAGGUUUUUCAAGUGUUUGGGAAGUGCUCAUUUAAGGAAAAAAAAAUCUGCAAACCUUAUGAUGAAAUCAGAAACCGAGUCUUUGAGGUUGUUCAAUUUGUGGGGGCACUGAUGUAUGAAAGAGACGAGGACAAGGGGAAGGGAAAGGGGAAGAAUGCAUGGUUUCCAUGUUGGUUUAAUUUUGGACUUUACCUACUUCUGAGGGGCUCGGAUUACUCUUGGCAUAUGUUCGAAUUGAAUAUGGAUUAUUUGGAUUGUUGGAAGAGAUCAACCAUUUCAUUUGAAUUUGGAGGAUGAAGUCCCGCUUGGCUCUCUCAGCCCAAUUGAUAGGUAGAAAAACCAUGUUCACUGUGAUUUAGUGGUACAGUACACCUCCCUCAAUCUCUUCUCAGCAGAAGAACGAAUCCAUGGAGGCUGAUAUUCCCAAUGAAACUAAUGGUUUCACAUCUGGCAUAAAGAAAAAUGAUCUUGAUAUCUGUCCAGUUUCUCCUCUUGCUUCUGGUGAAGGUCUGCCGUAUGCUCCCGUAGAUUGGCCAAAUCCAGGUGAUACUUGGAGCUGGAAGGUGGGGAGGAGAGUAAACAAAUCUGGCUUCUAUCAGGAUAGGUACCUUUUUCUUCCAAGGCGUCUUCAGAACUCCUCACAUAGGAGAGAGAGUUUUUCAAGCAAGCUUUCACUCAAACGAUAUGUUCAAAAGCAAGACCCAAAUAUCAACAUUGCUGCGUUUUUUGGAUCAUUUAGUUGGAGGGUCCCUCCAAAAAGAGUGACACCUAGUUCUAUUACUCUAGAGGUAUGUCCUCAGCCAGGAAAGGAAGUUGACCAAGAAGUGGGAAAAAAAUCCCCUUUCACCUUACCCAGAAGAAAAAGGAGAGCAGCUAAAUUGCCUGUAACAACCAUAUAUAAGCGACACACUCGACAGUCUACGAAAUGGUUUACCCGAUUCAAUGCUGAUGAUACAGGCAUCAUUGACUUGUGCUCCCUGAGCAAAGAAUCAGAAACAAGUGAUCCAACAAACCAGGAUUUGAGAAGUACCACUGAUUUUGAGUGUGAUCAAGUUUCUAGCCACCAAGUUCCCAUUUCUCCUGCAGGUAGUUUUGUUGCUUGCUGCAACUCCCCUGUUUCCUGUGGUGUGCCCCAUACAGAACUCACUCAAGGAUCAGAAGACAAAGUGAUUCCUGAAGAUUUUGAUAACUUUGUUGAUUCUCUGGAUGAUAUGCUGGCUCAGCCUCUUCCUGAAGCACCAUUAUCCCCACCUGCAACUGAUAAUUAUCAAGCUUUUGAAGACGAAAUUGCAGAGGCUCGAAUAAAACUUUCUUCCUUGCUUGCUAUGGAUUUCCAUCUUUUGGUUUCCUCCAAAGACCUAAAAGAACUUGUGUUGCUGUCAUCCAAGCUUCAGAAGGAUCCUAGCCUUAAUGCUGAUCAACUUUCUAAACUAAAGCUCAUUGAAGAAAUUCCAGUUACUGGUAAGGAUUAUUUGGAGACCAUGCAAAUCAUAGAGGAAGUUAACAAAUUCUUUGCCGACCUGACUUCCAGCAUGGACAAGGCUACUUCACUAAGGAAUGAAUACAAUGCAUCAAAAGAGGAUAUAGCCAUGCUACAGGUUGAUAUAAAUUCCAGCUUAUCAACCUUAGAAGAAAUUGAUGAUCAAAUUGCUAAACUUCAAUCCCGACGAGCUGAGCUGAGUAAUGCUCUCAAGAUUAAAAAUAAGGAAGUAGCUAAGUUGAUCUCUACUCAGAGAACGGUAGCUGAUUCUCUUCCCAAAGUUGUGCAUGAGGUUCAGCUUGCAAACUCUAAAAAGCUAGAAUGGGAGCAGAAGAAGAAAAAUGCUUUGAAGCGAGAGGCCGAAAUCCUUGCGAAAAUUGCUCCUCUCAGAGGGUUUUCUCUUUGAAGAAUGUUGGAAUGAAGGAAAAUUCUGGGGAAGAAAUAGAUCCAUCCUGGGACCAAUUUGUUUUAUGAUGUAGUUAAUUCUCCCCCGGUAGUAGACUCUGUUCUUGUAGUAGGUACUAUGACAUGAUUUGGAGCAAUUAUCAUUCAUGCACUGCUUGCUAAUUAA